AUGCCCCUCGUUUCCCCCCUUUGUACGUUCAGCCUCUUCCCUCCCUGCCCCUCCCCUCCUCCCCCCCUGCCCUUUGCGUUCCCCUCGUUACGCUCCCUUCUCCCCAUCCCUGCUGCCCUCUUGCCACCAUCAGCCCAUCCGCACCACCAGCCCCCCUCCCACCCUUCUCUCCCCCCCUCCCUUUCCCUCUCUCUCUCUCUCUCUCUCUCUCUCUCUCUCUCUCUUUCUCACACACACACGCACACUCCCCUCCCCCACCCCCCACCCACAUCCUCCCAUUCCUGCCCCUCCCUGCCCCUUUCCCACCCCCUCGCACGCCCCUCACCUCCCACCUCCGUGCAACUGGUUUCCCCCCUAUGGUGCCUCCCUUGCAUCGCUCGCCCCUCUGCUCACCCUCUGCCCGCCCCUUUUCCGUGCCCUCAGCUGGCCCAGCCCCUGCCCGUUGCUGCCCCUCCCCUUGCCCCCUCAACUCCCCUGCCCCCCGUACACCCCAGUCCCAUCCAACCCGCCCCCACCCUCCCCCGGCUGCCCGUUUCCGCUCUCCACCCCCGCGACCUCACACCCCCUGCCCCCUCAUGCCAUCCGCUCCCCCCCGCCCCCACCCUCCGCGUGCCCGCUCCCUUGCCGCCUCUUUUGACCCUCCCUGCCCCCCUCGCCGUUUCCCACCGCCCGCCAUUCGCUCCUCCCCGCCCGUGCGCUCCCCUCGUUUACCUUCUCCUCCCCCCUCCCCUCCUCUGCUGCACGCCUCUUCCUUCCCCUCGCCGACCCACUCCACUCCCUGCCCCUCCUCAAUCCGCACCCUGCCCCUCGUAUCUCGCCCCCCUAUGCUUGGUUUCUCCCCUCCCUGCCCCUCGCCGCCUUUCUCCGCUCCCCACCUCCCCCCUCUCCCUGCUCCCCCACUCUCCCCCCCUUGCCCUUGGCUUCCUACCUCCCUGCCCCACCUUUCCCCCUCCGUGUGCUCAGCUUCUCCCCUCCCUGCCCCUCCCUCCUCCCCGCCCUGCCCCUCAUUUUCCGCCCCCCCACGCCCGGUUUCUCCCCUCCCCGCGCCUCCCUUUCUUUCUCCGUGCCUCUCCUUUGCUCCCUCCCUGCCCCCGCCUGCCCUAUGCCCCUGUCUUUGGCUUCUCCCCUCCCUGCCCCACGUUUCUUCCCUCCCUGCCCCCCCUCUGCCCCUCCCUUGUUUUCCCCUCACCCAUUGCUUCUCCCCUCCCUGCCCUUGAUUUCCCGCACCCCUGCCCUUGUUUCCUACCAUCCAUGCCCCUCGUUUCCCCCCUUUGUACGUUCAGCCUCUUCCCUCCCUGCCCCUCCCCUCCUCCCCCCCUGCCCUUUGCGUUCCCCUCGUUACGCUCCCUUCUCCCCAUCCCUGCUGCCCUCUUGCCACCAUCAGCCCAUCCGCACCACCAGCCCCCCUCCCACCCUUCUCUCCCCCCCUCCCUUUCCCUCUCUCUCUCUCUCUCUCUCUCUCUCUCUCUUCUCACACACACACGCACACUCCCCUCCCCCACCCCCCACCCACGUCCUCCCAUUCCGCCCCUCCCUGCCCCUUUCCCACCCCCUCGCACGCCCCUCACCUCCCACCUCCGUGCAACUGGUUUCCCCCCUAUGGUGCCUCCCUUGCAUCGCUCGCCCCUCUGCUCACCCUCUGCCCGCCCCUUUUCCGUGCCCUCAGCUGGCCCAGCCCCUGCCCGUUGCUGCCCCUCCCCUUGCCCCCUCAACUCCCCUGCCCCCCGUACACCCCAGUCCCAUCCAACCGCCCCCACCCUCCCCCGGCUGCCCGUUUCCGCUCUCCACCCCCGCGACCGUGUGCGGCUUCCAACCGCCCAACGGUGGUGCGCACGGGGCGUUUCUUCGCACGGGCAAGCCUCCCCGGGGGGCCCCCACCCCGCUGAGUCGUUGACUUCCCGGGAGGUCACCCAGCCCAGUACUGCUCUCGCCCACCGGCGCUUAGCUUCGGAGUUCUGA